AUGACAACUUUAAUUCGGCAAGUAACCUUUGAUCAGGUUAUCGAGAAAAUUGCCGUAACUACAAAGAAAGGAUUUUCUCUUUAUGAUUAUACAAAUGGACUGAUAUUAUAUCAUGGUCCAGGAGGAUUUGAGCAUAUUGCUAUAUUAAGUGAUUCAAAUAUUGUUGUUUUAUCAGGUGAUGGUUCUGAUCCAAAAUUUGCUAAAUCUUCAGUAUUUUUAUGGAAUAUCGAAACGAAUGAAAUAAUUAAAACGAUUGAACACACUUCAAAUGUCAUAGGUAUCUUUUUCACAACAGAUAUAUUGGUUGUUGUCCAAGAACAAUACAUUACAUUCUACAAUACAUCCAAUUUCGAACAAAUCUUCAACCUAGUAAAUUCAACAGGUACAAAAGAUCAGAUUUCAAUUGUGCAAACUACUAACUUGUCGUUAAUUACAUUGCCUUCAGCAGAUGGAAAAUCCUUAAACGUUUGUGACUUCCACGACCCAGCUUACAUAUUAGGAACAAUAAAUAUCCCUGCUUCAGAAGUUACUUAUGCUGCUUUUGAUAGACAUGCAGAAUUCCUCGCGAUUGUUAUUGAUAGUGGCAGAUCUAUCAACUUGUGGUCAUUUGACAAAAAGCAAUUCGUUUCUAAAUACAAGAGAGGUACAUUUGCUGCUAAAAUCACUGGUCUUGUAUUUGAUAAUAUGUCAAAUUAUUUCUUGAUGACUUCAAGUCGCGGAACAAUACAUGUAUUCCAAGUACAGAGAAUCCCUGAUCCGAAGAGAGCUACUAUUAGGUCUAAGUAUUCUUUAGAAUUGCCAAAAGGAGUAGAUUUAACUUGCUGCUUCGACGCUGCCGGUUAUACCAUCAACGGUAUUAAUUCUUCUGGCCAGUUUAACAAAUUACGUGUUGAUUUAGAAAAAGGUAUGCUUGAUUUAGUUGAAGAAAAGCCAAUUGACUUGUAA